CAAAUAGAGAAAUCAAGAUAUUGAGGUUGUUCAUUGACUUCAUUCACCCUCAUAUCAUCCGGAUUUAUGAGGUCAUUGAGACACCGACGGAUAUUUUUGUUGUGAUGGAAUAUUGCCAGAAUGGUGACCUAGUGGACUACAUUGUUGAGAAAAGGCGGUUACAGGAAGAUGAGGCCCGUCGAAUCUUCCAGCAGGUUAUCUCAGGUGAAUUGUACGCUGGACCUGAGGUUGAUGUUUGGAGCUGUGGGGUGAUACUUUAUGCUCUUCUUUGUGGUGCUGUUCCAUUCGAUGAUGACAACAUUCCCAAACUGUUCAAUAAGAUAAAGGGAGGCUUCUAUAUCCUUCCAAAUCAUCUAUAUGAUCUUGCAAUGGAUUUGAUCCCAAGAAUGCUUAUUGUUGAUCCCAUGAAGAGAAUCACAAUCCGUGAAAUUCGAGACCACCCAUGGUUUCAGAAUCGCCUUCCUCUCUACCUGGCAGUGCCUCCACCAAACACAGCACAGCAAGCCAAAAUG